AAGCCAAACGUUUCUAUCGAGGGAAGCAACCAAAAACAACUCAUUCCGCAGAUCAAUAGUGACCAUGUCAAUGUAAGUCAAACGGCCUAUAGAUAUCAACCAUGGGAACAGUAAAGGAAGGCACUAUCAUCUCUAGACUCCCCCCGUCCUUAGCGUCUCUGCAUCUCUUGAAGCAAAGCUGAUUUUUAUCCCCCGUCUGUUCAAAAACUUGGGCACAAUACCUCUCAUGGGUUCUACUGGUUUGUUGUUCCUCUUUCUUCUCAUGUCGCUCCUUCAGUUAUUUCAUCCCCAGUUUGUUCUUGUGAGCGGUGACUAUGACUUGAUCCAGAAAACUUGUAGAAGCACCAAAUACUACGACCUUUGCAUCUCAUCCCUCAAAUCUGAUCCCAACAGCCCCAAUGCCGACACCAAGGGAUUGGCGAUGAUUAUGGUUGGAAUUGGAGAGGCUAAUGCCACUGCCAUUUCCUCUUACUUGUCCUCCCAAUUGGUCGGCUCUGCUAAUGAUUCAUCAAUGAAGAAGAUCCUUAAGGAAUGCGUCAACAGGUACAACUAUUCUAGCGAUGCGCUCCAAGCUUCGCUCCAAGCUUUGACCAUGGAGGCUUAUGACUAUGCUUACGUGCAUGUUAUAGCAGCCGCAGAUUAUCCCAAUGCCUGCCGCAAUUCUUUUAAAAGGUGCCCAAGAUUGCCUUAUCCACCGGAACUCGGGCCAAGAGAAGAUGUUUUGAAGCAUCUGUGUGAUGUGGUCUUGGGAAUUAUUGAUCUUCUUGAUUGGUAAUGGUCUCCCCUUUGCUUCAUUCUUGGUGUUUAAUCAACAUAUUGCAGACUUCCAAAAAUAUUCGUUGUGUUUCUUUGAUCUUUGUACAAUGACUUCCACCUUGUCUUUGAAGCCAAACCGUGCUUUGUAACUGUAGCGUUUGAUAAGCUUAAAGCUUAUAUAACUUUAUUUGUCUGCAAUAAGUCUCCCACUCAGGCUGAUUAUGCUACCAAAAAGUAUACCGGCCAGCUGGGUUGUGAUUUCAGAAAUCUCCCACUAUGGAAAAUAGUGUUUGUGGCAUUUAUAUAUA